AUGACACGGCGGCUCGUCGCGACAGGAUCCAAACCAGUGACUGUGGGGACAUGGUUCAGCUUGGGCCACUCGACCAUCGUCGUUAUAACGUGUAUUGUGGUGGCAGCGACCAGCGGCGCGCUGGAGAAGCGAUUCAACGGCUUUCAGAAUAUCGGCGGCGUUAUAGGGACGUCUGUCAGCGCCGGGGUUCUGAUCCUACUGGGAAUUGGGAAUGCGUGGAUCCUGUGGAAGCUCGUCCAGCGGAUGAAGGUCGUGCUUCGGGAAGAGGAUGCUAGUGAUCGCGCGAGGGCCGAGGAGGGCGCGGUUGCGGGGCUAGAUUUAGAGGGCGGAGGCAUAUUGGUUCGUGUCUUCAAGAAGGUGUUCAAGUUUAUUGAUAGACCGUGGAAGAUGUACCCGCUUGGCGUUCUGUUUGGGUUGGGCUUCGAUACAAGUAGUGAGGUUGCGCUGCUGGGUAUUGCGAGUGUGCAGGGUGCACAAGGGAUGAGUAUGUGGCUGAUUCUGAUCUUCCCUCUGUUGUUCACUUCCGGAAUGUGUCUCUUGGAUACAACAGAUGGUGCCCUGAUGAUGACGCUCUACACAUCCACCUCCCUAGCCCGCGACACCAUCUCGAUUCUCUACUACUCUAUCGUACUCUCUGCCAUCACAGUCCUAGUCGCGCUCGUCAUCGGUAUUAUCCAACUCCUCUCGAUCGCCGCAAAUUUCUCUACGGGAAAGUUUUGGGACGGUGUUAAUGUUGUGGGAGACCACUUUGAUAUCAUUGGAGGCUGUAUCUGUGCAUCUUUCGUGGUGUUUGGGGUCCUGAGUGUCCUGGUCCACGGCCGUUGGAGGAGAUGGGCUACAAAGGAUCGAAGAGGAAGGGUGGAGAUGACGGAUGGAAUGGAGUUAGACAGUGUAGAGAAGGGAGAAAAGGAAAAGAUAGCUGAAGGGGGGGAACCAAGUAUCGUCGGCGAGAGUGAGACUCAAGAAUUGAAAUGA